UCAGUUCCUCACUCUCAGUGCAUCUCUGGUCGGAUGAACCUAUCUACAGGUCCAAUGCUCUGAGAGCCAGGUUGUGUCUUUCUCAUCGAUCUGGAUACUCAUUGGGCUGGCACUGGUCCGCCGUGAGCAGAUAACACGCGUUCUCUCGGCUGGCUGUCCGUGUCCACACUGGUCACAGCCUAGGUAGUGGCUUCCAGUACCAGUUUAAUUCAGUGGAGAGGCGUUCCUCGGUCCCGUGUUGCGUUUUGUCCAGUGGUUUGCUGUUUGCAGAUUUUUUUUUGUGUGGAAUAUGGUUGCGGGGAGAUUAAAACAGCGCGCUGUAUUAAACAAAUGAGCAAGGUUCACCAUGCAGAGGGUCGGACACCCAGUGACGGGCGGAUUGUAACUGCGUGCUUGAGCUGGGACUAAAACUUAAAGCAGGAGCAACUCGCCCAGAAGCGACUGGCCAGGAUAAUAAGACAAAAAAAGGUGGACGACAUGGCAGUGAGCAGAGGUAGCCCGAGUUACUUUAUCUUCCACUUGCUGUUGAUGGUUGCCUGUGGCCGGCGGGAGUUGGUGAACCAAGAGUACAAGACCUUCCGAGGAGAGAACGCGGACUGGGCGUUCAACCACUUGGCGGUGGACGAGCGCACGGGGAGCGUGUACCUGGGAGCGGUGAACAGGAUCUACAAACUCUCCAGCGACCUGCAGCUGCUGGUGGUCCACCAGACGGGACCAGACGAGGACAACCCGGACUGUUACCCACCCCGCAUCGUGCAGCCGUGCAGCGAACCCCUCCGUCUCACCGACAACGUGAACAAGAUGCUGCUGAUCGACCAGGGCGAGCGGCGGCUGAUCGCCUGCGGGAGCCUGUACCAGGGCAUCUGCAAGGUGCUGAGGCUGAACGACCUCUUCAAGCUGGGCGAGCCGUUCCACAAGAAGGAGCACUACCUCUCGGGAGUCAACGACAGCGGCUCGGUGUUUGGGGUGAUCGUGGCGGGGCAGGGACACGGAUCCAAGCUCUUCGUGGCCACGGCGGUGGAUGGCAAACCCGAGUACUUCCCCACCAUCUCCAGCCGCCUGCUGGCCACCAACCCCGAGGCCGAUGAGAUGUUCUCCUACGUCUUCCACGACGAGUUCGUGGCCUCUCUCAUCAAGAUCCCGUCCGACACGUUCACCGUGAUCCCCGACUUUGACAUCUACUACAUCUACGGCUUCAGCAGCUCGGCGUUUGUGUACUUCCUGACCCUUCAGCCCGAACUGGUCCACGCCGGGCCAGGUUCCACCCGCCAGAGGGUCUACACCUCCAAGCUGGUGCGCCUCUGCCAAGCGGACACCACCUUCAACUCCUAUGUUGAGAUGCCCAUUGGUUGUGUGAAGGACGGCGUGGAGUACCGGCUCCUGCAAGCCGCUCACCUGGCCAAGGCUGGCCCUGUGCUGGCCAGGUCGCUGGGCAUCAGCCCCGGCCAGGACGAUGUGCUUUUCGCCGUCUUCUCCAAGGGCCAGAAGCAGCGCAGCCAACCCCCCGACGAGUCGGUGCUCUGCAUGUUCGUGCUCAACUCCAUCAACGAACGCAUCAAGAAGCGGCUGCAGUCCUGCUAUCGGGGAGAGGGCUUAUUGGACCUGGCCUGGCUCAAAGUCAAGGACAUCCAGUGUGUGCCCGCGCCUGUCCCAAUUGAUGACAAUUUUUGUGGCUUGGACAUUAAUGCUCCAUUAGGCGGUUCCACUCUCAUGCAGGGCAUUCCCCUGUUCUCCGAGGACAGGGACAGAAUGAGCUCGGUGAUCUCGUAUGUUUACAACAACCACUCACUGGUGUUUGUGGGCACGAAAAGUGGCAAGCUGAAAAAGAUUCGAGUGGAUGGGGCUUCCCACGGUGCCUUGCAGUACGAGACCAUUCAAGUUGUGCAGAGUGGCGCCAUUCUGCGUGACAUGGCUCUGUCUGUGGAUCAUCAAUAUCUCUACAUCAUGUCAGAGAAGCAGCUUACCAGAGUGCCUGUGGAGGCGUGUGGACAGUACAAGACAUGCACUGAUUGCCUGGGGUCAGGAGACCCUCACUGUGGCUGGUGUGUGCUCCAUAACAUGUGCACGAGGAAGGACAAGUGCAAGCGCUCUACUGAACUCCGGAGAUUCACCUCUGACAUCAAGCAGUGUGUCCGUCUCAGCGUGAGCCCCAGUAACAUUUCCGUCUCUCAGUACAACGUUGUGCUGGUGCUGGAGGCUCACAAUGUUCCUGAGCUCUCUGCGGGAGUCAACUGCACGUUUGAAGACUUUGCAGAGAUGGACGGACUGGUGAUGGGGAAUAUCAUCAAGUGCAUUUCUCCGGCAGAGAGGGAGGUGCCUCGAAUCCUGACAGAUGAAGGAGAUCACCAAGUGGUCCAACUCCGGCUGAAGUCCAAGGAGACGGGCAUGACUUUCGCAAGCACCAGCUUUGUCUUCUACAAUUGCAGCGUUCAUCACUCGUGCCUGUCAUGUGUGAAUAGUCCCUAUCAGUGCCACUGGUGUAAAUAUCGACACGUGUGCACGCAUGAUCCACGGACGUGCUCUUUCCAGGAAGGCCGUGUCAAUAUGUCAGAGGACUGCCCACAGCUGCUUGCUGCUGAGAAGAUUCUGGUGCCAGUCGGAGUGGUGAAACCCAUCACCUUGAAAUCCAAGAACCUUCCUCAGCCACAGUCGGGCCAGCGAGGCUACGAGUGCAUCCUGAACAUCCAGGGAAUAGAGCAGCGAGUUCCAGCCUUGCGAUUCAACAGCUCCAGUGUCCAGUGUCAGAACACUUCAUACUCGUAUGAGGGGACAGUGAUUAACAACCUCCCUGUGGACCUCUCUGUUGUCUGGAAUGGAGAUUUCAGCAUUGACAACCCAGCACACAAUCAAGUUCACCUGUACAAGUGUGGGGUGCUGCGGGAGAGCUGUGGACUGUGCCUGAAGGCCGACCCCAACUUCGAGUGUGGCUGGUGCAAAGGUGAUGGGCGAUGCACCCUUCGACAGGACUGUCCUGUCUCCGGGGACCAAUGGCUGCAGCCAUCAGGCAUGAACAGGAAAUGUACCAACCCUCGGAUCACCAAGAUCGUACCAAUACGUGGGCCCAGGGAAGGUGGAACAAAAGUUACAAUCUAUGGGGAAAAUCUGGGCCUGAAUUUCUGGGAGAUUGAAAACUACGUGCGUGUGGCUGGAGUUGAUUGUACCCCACUGCUGGAUGGAUACAUCCCAGCAGAACAGAUCGAGUGCGAGAUGGAUGUUGCCCGGCAUGGUCAGUACGCUGGCUUCGUGGAGGUCUGUGUGGAGGAAUGCAAGCAGCAGUUCAUGGCAAAGUCAACACAGCUCUACAGCUUUGUGCUCCCAACUCUAACGGACUUGACACCCACCAAAGGUCCAGUGUCAGGGGGUACAAUGGUCACCAUCAGGGGCAGGAAUCUGGAUGCCGGCAGCAACGUCUCAGUUUUGUUUGGCCAACAGCCUUGUGUGUUUCACAGGCGGUUUGCCUGGGCAAUUAUUUGUAACUCCACCUCUGCACCCCAAGGCCCAGGUAACAUCAGUGUGGUGGUUGGGGUAGACAAGGCAAGGAUUGAGAAGGAGCUGCAGUUUGAAUACAUGGAGGAUCCCACCAUUGUGAAGAUUGAACCAGAAUGGAGUAUCGUCAGUGGGAGCACACCGAUGAUGGUAUGGGGAACUAACCUGGACAUUAUCCAGAAUCCUAAAAUCAGGGCCAAGCUGAAUGGAGUGGAGAUGGUCAACGACUGUGAGGUGUACAAUGCAUCAACUAUGGUGUGCCAGGCCCCAGCUCUGGCUAUCAGUCCGAGCCAGCAGACUGACAAUGUAGAGCGUCCUGACGAGUUUGGGUUUAUCCUGGACAACGUGCAGACGUUAUUGAUCUACAACAGCACAAACCUCAUCUACUACCCAAACCCCGUGUUUGAACCUCUGAGCACCACGGGCGUUUUGGAAUUAAAGCCUGGGUCUCCCAUUAUACUGAAGGGCCGAAACCUCAUCCCUUCAGCAGCUGCUGGGAACAUGAAGCUGAAUUACACUGUGCUUAUAGGAGAGAAACCGUGCACUGUGACAGUGUCAGACACUCAGAUCCUCUGCGAGUCUCCAAAUCUCACUGGGCGGCACAGAGUGCUGGUACGGGUUGGAGGCCUGGAGCAUUCCCCCGGCACUGUGCACAUUUUCCCGGACAGCCCACUGAGUUUCCCGGCCAUAAUCAGCAUCGGAGCUGCCGGGGGUCUCCUCAUCAUCUUCAUCAUCGUGGUUCUCAUCGCCUACAAGAGGAAGUCUCGGGAGAGCGACUUGACGCUGAAGAGGCUGCAGAUGCAGAUGGAUAACUUGGAGUCACGAGUGGCUCUGGAGUGUAAAGAAGCCUUUGCAGAGCUUCAGACAGACAUCAAUGAGCUGACCAGCGACUUGGACGGAACAGGAAUUCCCUUCCUGGAUUACCGGGCUUACACCAUGCGGGUUCUCUUCCCAGGGAUUGAAGACCAUCCCGUUCUCCGAGAGUUGGAGGUUCCGGGAUACCGGCAAGAGAGAGUGGAGAAAGGCUUGAUGCUGUUUGGGCAGCUCAUCAACAGUAAGGUCUUCCUGCUGACCUUCAUCCGGACAUUGGAGUCCCAGCGAAGCUUCUCCAUGAGGGACCGAGGGAAUGUUGCUUCACUGAUCAUGACCGUCCUUCAGACCAAGCUUGAAUAUGCCACCGAUGUCUUGAAGCAGCUGCUUUCAGACCUCAUUGAUAAGAACUUGGAGAGCAAGAACCAUCCCAAGCUUCUGUUGAGGAGAACUGAAUCCGUGGCAGAAAAGAUGUUGACCAACUGGUUUACGUUCCUCUUGUACAAAUUCCUUAAGGAGUGUGCGGGGGAGCCGUUGUACAUGCUUUUCUGCGCCAUCAAGCAGCAGAUGGAGAAGGGGCCAAUCGACUCGAUUACAGGCGAGGCGCGCUACUCUCUGAGCGAGGACAAGCUCAUCAGACAGCAGAUAGAUUACAAGACACUGGUUCUGAAUUGUGUGAAUCCAGACAAUGAGAAUAGUCCUGAAAUUUCUACAAAGACUCUAAACUGUGACACUAUCACCCAGGUCAAGGAAAAGAUCUUAGAUGCUAUCUUCAAGAAUUUACCCUGCUCUCAUAGACCAAAAGCCGCUGAUAUGGACUUGGAAUGGCGACAGGGAAGAAUGACCAGGGUGAUUCUGCAGGACGAAGAUGUCACCACGAAGAUAGAGAACGACUGGAAGAGGCUGAACACACUGGCGCAUUAUCAGGUGACAGAUGGCUCUGUGGUUGCUCUGGUUCCCAAACAAACAACGGCGUACAAUGCUGUCAAUAAUUCAACUGUCUCUCGCACUUCAGCUAGCAAAUAUGAAACCAUGAUCCGAUCCACGGGUAGCCCAGACAGCCUGCGCUCCCGCACUCCCAUGAUCACUCCUGACCUGGAGACUGGAGUCAAGGUCUGGCAUCUGGUCAAGAACCACGAACAUGGAGACCAGAAGGAAGGUGAUCGGGGCAGUAAGAUGGUGUCUGAGAUCUAUCUGACCCGACUUCUGGCUACAAAGGGUACCCUGCAGAAGUUUGUGGAUGAUCUCUUUGAGACAAUCUUCAGCACAGCACAUCGAGGGAGUGCACUGCCCCUUGCCAUCAAGUACAUGUUUGACUUCCUGGACGAGCAGGCGGACAAGCACCAGAUCCACGACCCUCACGUUCGGCACACCUGGAAGAGCAACUGCCUGCCCCUGAGGUUUUGGGUGAAUGUGAUCAAGAACCCCCAGUUUGUCUUCGACAUCCACAAGAGCAGCAUCACGGACGCCUGCCUCUCGGUGGUGGCUCAGACGUUCAUGGACUCCUGUUCGACUUCAGAGCACAGGCUGGGCAAGGACUCCCCGUCCAACAAGCUGCUUUAUGCUAAGGACAUCCCCAACUACAAGAGUUGGGUGGAAAGGUACUAUGCAGAUAUUGGAAAAAUGCCGGCCAUCAGUGACCAGGACAUGAAUGCCUAUCUAGCGGAGCAGUCCCGAAUGCACAUGGCUGAAUUCAACGCAAUGAGCGCCCUCAGUGAAAUCUACUCCUAUGUUAGCAAAUACAGCGAGGAGAUAGUAAGUACUCUAGAAUGUGAAGAUCAGUCCAGGAGGCAGCGGUUAGCUUACAAACUUGAACAGGUAGUUGCUCUCAUGUCGAUAGAGAGCUGAGUGGCACUCCCAAGGAACGCUGGGUAAAAGAAGCCAAGCUGUGCCUGACUAAAGAUGGUCGCCUUUCAAGUGCAAGUUAUGAUUGGUUCAAGCAACGUCACCUUGAUCAUCUAUCUCUCCAUUAUCCCUGCGUCUUCAUCCUAUAUUCUCCUUCGGUCACUCUCUCUCUCUCUCACCCACAACAUCACUGGAUACUUCAAAAUGUCUGUGAAAGGUAAAAACUAACAGAUCACAUCAUGGUUUGUAAAAUAAAGCAGCAAUCACUCACAAAGAAAACAUUGGCGAGUGACUAAAGACCGUGAUAAUUUUCUCAGCCAUCAUCUCCAGAGGAACUUGACAGCCUUUCCUCUCGUUGUGUAAGUGAUGGGAACCAGGAAAGAUGGAAGAUCUUCACAUUUUGUGGGACGCUAUAAGCGAUUUCCUUUGGGAUAGGUUGAUAUUGAAUUUGGCUUCAACCUGAGGCCUUGUUACGAAAAUAUCUUUGAUCGACACAAGAUCAGUGAGACAAUAAUGUGGUUUCUUGUUCAGUUGACUUUAUGGUCAGAGAUUGCAGACCUAUUAGAAACAAAAAAAAAUUGUGCAUGAGAAUCACAAUUUAUCUGGUCUAUGAGAAGGGAAGAGAGAAUUACAUAAUGGUGGAAGAUGGACCAACUGGGCUUGGGGCUAUAUUUAUUCCAGAGCUAUGUUUAUGGGCUAUGGUGUCAGGAGAGGAGCAAUCAGAGUAUGUGCACGUAAUAACAUAAAAGGUUGUGUGUAUAUAUAUAUAUAUAUAUAUAUAUAUACACACACACACAAACAUAAACACGCACAUGUGGUCACACAGACUCAUGCAAAAACAAAAGGUACUCUAAAUCCUAAGCCUUGUAUUAUUAAGGAAAAACUAGAAGUGUACAUGAUCAUGUGAAUGCAUUUCAAAUAAAUGGACAGGUUAGACUUUCACCGGAGCUGUGGGGCAGUGACUCUGGAGGUACUGGCAAAUGAAAUAAAAAGACAUUUUGGUUUGGAAACAAUGGAUUAUCCCAGCCAGCGAAGACCAAAGGAUUAACAGUGCUGUUUGAAAAUAAGUGCCACUGUGGAUUAUCAUUUUAUUUAUAGACGUCUACCUAAUGUGUGAGGUUCCUCAAGACACACAAAAAAAACCAUGAAUGACUAGCUGGCUCCAAACAAGCAUUCCUUUUUAUUUGCACAGGACAAUGCACAGAUUGACAAACUGUGAAUUUUAUUUAUAGAAGAUGGCUAAAGAAAGAAAUAAAAACUGCUAAAACAAAGACAUGAUUUGCACGUGUUAUGUGUAGGAGGAGCCAGGAUCUUGGGAUGGGAGGUGUCGGGGGGGGGCGGUGAGGGGGGAAAGGGGUUGUCAGAAGCCUCGGGACAUCUCACAGUCAGUACUGCAAUGGGAGGCUGAUUGGAAUUUUAUUUCGCCUCCCCCCCACCCCCCCCAGGACAUUUAUACAUGUUGUAUUAUUGUGGAAUCUAAAAACUGCCCCCUCCCCUUCACCCACCAACUCAUUCAGCUCAAAAUCUAUAAAAAAGGGACUUUUUAAAACAAAAGCUUUUUGCCUUGAACUGUGCCAGACUUGUGUUGUGGAUGUGAUAGGUCAAUCCCUGGCAGUGACCUGGGUAUUCGUUUUCUUUUCAAUAUUAUUUGUUUCUUUUUUUUUAAAAUAUAAAAAGUGCAUGUAAUAAUGAAUCUGGGAAGCAAAGAUUGAUACCAAACUGCAAUGCCAUGAUUGUGAAUGUGUCCUUGAUUUCUUUCAGUUUCUUUUUUGCUUGAGAAUAGUGUGUCUGGCCUGAAUGGAUUGUUAUGUGAACAUCUCUAUUUAAAGACAAUUUGUAACAACUUACCCUUAGAAACCAGUGUUAGAAUUCGUCAAGACAAAACAACAUAGGUUUUUAUCCUAAUAAUGACUGUAAUUAAAUAUACUACUUAAGCAAAGAGAUGAAAGGACCUGACAAAGGCUAGCUUCAGUACUUUGUUAUAUCAAUUGUAUACCUGUGUAUGUAAAUAUGAUGCACUCCUAUUUUGCA